UAUUGAAACCUAAAGUCCGUCAAAUUUGUUAGGUUAUGUAUUCGUAAAUAAAGCGGAAAAGUUUACCUCGUGUAAUAUUUGUGCUCUGUGCUCGUGCUUAGUGCAAAUAUGGCGAAAUUACUAUCCUAUUACCGUUUAUGUCCCCUAAUUGACAUCAAGACUCUCCUGGGGAUAACUGAGGACAGUGAGAAAGGUGUUGUAAUUGCAACAUUAGGCAGAAACAUCGCUAUUAAGUUUCGGUUAUCCGAUCAAAAGCAAUUGAAUAGUUGGAGAACUAAAGACAAAUUCAGCUCAGCAGUUCAUUAUGAUCGAAACUUAAAUAUGUACGUUGCAGUAUUCAAUCAAACGUGCAUCCGCACGUGGGCUGACGACAUAGAAACUCUGGAUAAACUAAAAAAAUAUAAAUUCCAGCAAGCAAUCCAUACAAUCAUUACUCACAAAGAAACCACAUUUGUAAUGUUCAAAUCUGGAUCAGUGUAUCCAUUGAGUGAGCUAUUAGAAAACAGGAAGACUUUCACCCCAGCCGUAAUAAUUGAGGACAAGGAUAUUGCUUCUAUUUGCUACACCUCUGUAAACGAAGAUCUGUAUUUUGGUUUUCUUGUGAACGAUGCCACAGGAUUUAUGUUCUACUGGACAGUGCUCAAUGACUCUAAAAACACCUUUUCCAAGUAUCCCUUGAAAGUUGAAAGUGCCAGCUUAAAAGGAUUGGAAUUAUUUGCAAGUUCAAAUCAAGUUAGUUUGCUUUCUGUGUGGAGUGACGGCAAAAUUUACUCCAAGGAAUUAUCGAAGCAACAGAAAGAAGGACAAUCUCCAGUUGGAGAGACUUUCAUCGUGCUGGAAAAUAUUUCUACAAAUCACUUUGUUAAAGUGUUACCAUUGGAUGAAAAGUACAUAGCGAUUUAUGGUGCGGAUCCCAAUGAGGAGGGGGCAAUUCUUCUUAUCUACAACACUCAGUUUAAAGUAACCCAAUCGAAACAAGUGCAUAAGUUGUACACCGAUGAGGCAAAAAUAUGGAAAACUUUUAAUUCGAUUUUGCUACCAAUAGGACAAAAUCUAAUAGUAGUGCCAUUUUGCUUAGAAACAGAACAGUUAGUGUCUUUGAUUGGCACACAUAAGCCAAUUCAAAAUAAAAUCGAUAGCGACAUCGCUUUUGUUACCGAUUUUCAUGUUGCUGAAUGGAAUUCAGAAGGAGAUAAAAGUAUAAAGAAAAACAAGAAAUUUAAAGUAGAAAAAACAAAACAAAAGCAAAUUUCACCAAAUUUGAAAAAUCGACUGGACGAAAUGUUAAAAGAGGGCUUGCCAGAAAACCUCAUAACUCAACAUAUUAUAGAAGAUAUUUUAGAAGAAAAAAACAUAAGAUUGCUAGAAGACAUCUUAAAUUAUUUCACGGAUAUUAAAGAAGCGUACUUAGCGAAAAUUCUGCAGUUUGUUCUUUCGUGUCAUCAAAAGUUGUUCCCUAAGUUUAAUAGCCAAAACUUGAUUAAUUUGCCACCAAAAAUGAUGCCUCAUGGAAGGGCACUUCUUUUAGAUAAACUCCUAAUCCGGCAGUUUAGCAACCUUCACAUGUUGCCUCACUUAAGAAGCUGUUUAUCCAUAGAACAAGCCAGCAUUCUUAUGCAAUACUUAGUUUACCAGUUCUCUGAAUAUGGGCAUGAUUUGCCUAAAUUAAACUCGUUUAAAACCGAGAAAUGCAUAACCAAAUGGACGUGUUUGCUCGUGGAUUCCAACUACCAAAAGUUUAUUGUAUCAAAGGACGAGAUGGUUGAAGAAGCAUUAGUAAAAUGUAGAAACACCAUAGUUGACCAACAAGAUGCAUUACAGAGCUUAAAAUCUGUAGCAUCAGUAUUGGCGAAAUUUGAGGCGGAAGCAAAAGGAAACAAAUAUGCUAACGGUCGAUCACCAAAUAGCUUCUUUAAAAUACAAAAUGUGAAUCAUUAUUUAGGGUAAUAAAUAAACUUUUAUUGAA